GUUCACGUUAAAUUAUGUUUUAAUAAUGUUCAUAAUUUAUUUUAUUUUUAGAAUUUAUAAAUUUAAAAAUCGCAAUGUUAACGUAACGUUAUUUUCCGAAGGAUUCUAUAAUGGUUGAGCUUCCUUCUGUAAUAAUAAAUUUAUUAUUUUUGACAAAAAUGUCACUGGUAAAAUCUAUCACGUGUAAUUAUAAAUUGUGUUAUCUUUCAUACAAUAUGAAAGAAUUGAAACCCACACCCAGGUGUAAGUUCGUAUUAUACAACGACUUGCUUUAUCAUCCUGCAAUGGAUCUCCCAGUUUAUUCAGAAGAAUAUCCAAAAUACCCUCUAUAUCCAUACUAUGAUGCUCCUAAAAACUUAUUUUUUGACACAUCAAAGUUAAAUAAAUUCAACGAAAAUCCACAUGAUGACAUACAAGAAUCCCAUAUACAGACAGAAUAUAUGGAAAACGCCAGACUUAAACGAAAAGGAAUGUCUGUAGAGCAUGUUGACAAAAGUCCACUUUCAGAGUUAAAUCGCACUAUUGGACGUGAUUUUAAAGAUUAUGUUUACUCAGAACGAAAACCACACAAGGAAAAGAUUAAAGUUGAUUUAUCGGAGUACGAUAAAAUAAACCCAGGACUUGGUCCCUGGCCAAGUUAUGAAGAAUUAAAGAAAAACAACAUGGAUGUUGACACAUCAAUGUCUCUGGAACUUGACCCUGAUGAUGAUUUCCAGAAAACAUUAAUGGACAAUCCUCCCAAAAGAACUGAAAUUAAGACCAUAGCUGAAGCCAGGGAUGCUCAACAGAGGUGGCUAGAAAGAAGUCAAAAUGAAGAAUGGCCAUUGACAUAUGAUGAGUUUGCUGAACUACCCCUGGACAUGAGAGAAGCUUACUAUAAAAACAGAUAUAAAGUCAGUGACAUUGAUGAGCAAUUUCUGAUGGUUUUAAAUUAUAGAAGAGCUCUUGAAAAUAAGAAGAGCAAAUUAUUGAAUCCUAUGGAGUUUGACUUUAUUGAAUCUGACUACAAAUACACUCCUAAAUACACACCGGUUCUAGAGGACCUGAAGAAUUGGGAUGAUCCUCUCGAAUGUCCGUGGAGACUUAGAGCCAACGAGGCCAUAAGAGACUGUGUAUCGUACGGAUGGCCAGCUAAGGAUUUGAGAUUUCACUCGGGAAUUGAUGUUUAUGAUAUUACCUGGCUGCCAGGAGUUGUAAAAAUACUAGUUGAGAGAACCAGGAACGAGUGUGGUACCAUUAAACCAAAGGAGCUCAAGCUUAUGUUAAUGAAAUUAGAGAAAAGACUAUUACAAUUGGAUGAAGAGGAGUAUACUGAAGUGAUGAAUAACCACAUGAUAGUACUAUGUUCUAAGCCUGAACAUGGUAAAGUACUACACUCGAGAAGAGAAUGGAAUGAAAAUAUUGGAAAUAAAGUUACAAUAAAGAUGAACGAUGAAGAAAAAACUGAAUACACUGGAGAACUGGUGGGAUCUGAUAGUGUUUUCGGAAUACAAAUUAAAGUUGGCGAUAACAAAAUAACAUUACCGCUCCCAUUUGUUUAUGAGGUUGUUUUAAAGUAAGAAAUUAUAUUUCGUUUUUAAAUUUAAAGUGUUUUUUAAUUUUAGAAUGUUGUUUUACACAUAAAU